AUGUCCGAUCCCAACGCGCCAGGUGCCAAGGUGGGCACUAAAGAUAUUCCUGUUGAGAUACAGCAGCUUGCUUCCACGAUCAAAGCACUCCCGAAGACGAAGGACGGCUUGCCGGUUAGGAAGGAGCUAAAGGGUAUAGACGCUCAAUACUUCACGGCCGGCGGAACUAUCUUGCGACGCAACAAAGGCACGGACCUUCUGGAUUGGUUUCUCGACGGUCGACUGUUCACGAAUGAGAAGUUCACGGCAGCAACUCGACAAGCGCCGCAGGCAGUAGAGAAGCAUUAG